GACGGCAGCCGGCGCGGGGCGACGUUUCCCGCCACCCCGACGCGGCUCGCGGUCAAAUUUCCCGCCAUCUCUACAGUACGAGCGGAGGGCGGGGCCGGCCCGCGUCACGUGUCUGCUGAGCGCCAAGCACAAGCCGUGACAUCAUCAACGCCGGCCGGCGCGUCAACAUCAGAGCGACCGGCGAUGCCAUGUGCACGGCCCGCCCACACUGUAUCAUCGGCGGGGAGCGACGGAGAGCGUUCUGCGGCCACGGACGCCGCCUUACAACAGCGUCUGCCGCCUCUUAAAGAAUUUGUCGGCGCUGACGGAGACUGGGGCGGCUUCAAGAGGCGGUUCAUCGCUCAUCAAGAGAUGGCGAACUGGUCGGACGCCGAGGCUCUACGCGCGCUGCCAGCGAUGCUGGACAACGACGCCCUGGCUACCCUCACCUCGGCGCCGAGGGAAAAGCGCGCCACUCUACACCUGGCGUUGCAGCUGCUGUCAGCCGUCUAUGGGCCGCCUUCGGACUGCAGGCAGCUGUUCCACGAUCGGAGUCGGGGCGCCAACGAGUCACCCCUGGCCUUCCGGACGGCUCUCCUGGCUCUGGCAAAGGCUGCUUUCCCAAGGAUGGACGAGGAAGGAGUGGAUGCCAUGGUGGCUGAGAAGCUGCUGCUACUCGCUGACGAGCUGGACGUCAACGUCUUGGCUCAGGACGACGCGGAGAUGUCGUCCCUGCUGGUCGCGCGCCACAUCCACGGGGGCUUGCGGUCCCUGCGUCGGAAGGCGGCAAAGGGGGCGGCCGGCCAUGCCAUGGCGACCACCGCCCUCCCAUCGGAGGAGGUCUGCGGGGUGGAGCGGCGAGGGGAAUGGAGAUCGGCGGCACCGCAGGCUCGGAAUGGACCGAGCCGCCAGGAGCAGCCCAGGUCAUCUGGGGCGCUCACACGCUGCUACAACUGUGGCCUGCAAGGCCACGUUGCGUCUGGAUGCCGGGCUCCCCGUCAGCGCGGGGCGACACCUCGUCAGGACGCCACGCCGUCUCCUCCCAAGCUCCAGCAGAGAAAUACGGUGAAACAGGAGUGACGGGUCCACACCCACCAACCCCUCCCGGAGGGGUCGGGGGUCACUCGGCAGCGACGCCUGACUCUCUUGCACCCGGACCGUCAACAACCGUCACUGAGCGUGCCAGGACGGGCCCUUGUGAUGGGCCCGCCGCGCGGACGCGCGCCAAAACGCGCAGACUAUUGUGAGGUCGGCCGUUGGGGGGCCUUGCGGACAAUGGGAGGGGUGGCGUCCGGAGUGUGUGUAUAUAUGUUGGUUUUGGGGUAUUUAUUCGGGGGGGGUGCGUC